GUAUGAGAUGCAAGGUGCAAUUGCCUUGACAGCGAUUUUGCUGUAAGAGAUUCUGCCAGUUGAUUAAACCCUCACAGGCCUGAACAGAUUAUGAGUUCCUACGAUCUGCAAACGCAGUCACCCCCUCGCUGUAGCCCUCAGUUCCCCAGCAUCGGCCAAGAGCCUCCAGAGAUGAACAUUUUCUGCGAGAACUUCUUCCACCAACAGAAUGCGCAGAGGCCGUCUAACUAUGACAUUGAGGACUACAGCUCAAGUGCAAACCCCUACCUAUGGUUAAACGGACCAUCCAUGAACACCACGUCGUUCCUGUCAGGUUCAAGCGCCAGCCCUUUCAUCCCGCAGUCCUAUGGGAUGCCAAGACAGUUCCUGCCCAACAGUGCUGGCUUGGGAGGAUCGGACCUUGGAUGGUUAUCCAUUCCCAAUCAGGAAGAGCUGCUGAAGCUGGUGAGACCUCCUUAUUCCUACUCAGCCCUGAUUGCAAUGGCAAUCCACGGGGCUCCGGAUAAAAGACUGACCCUGAGUCAAAUCUACCAGUACGUGGCUGACAAUUUCCCCUUCUACAACAAGAGUAAAGCUGGAUGGCAGAACUCCAUCAGACACAACCUGUCCCUCAACGACUGUUUCAAGAAAGUCCCCAGAGACGAGGAUGAUCCAGGUAAAGGCAAUUACUGGACUUUGGAUCCGAACUGUGAAAAAAUGUUCGACAAUGGGAACUUUCGGCGCAAGAGGAAGAGGAAGUCGGAUCCCAACUCCAGCGCAGGCAGUAUUGGCACGGAAAAGUCUGACGACAGCAGCCAGAAGCCACCUCAAAGCCCAGGCCUUAUGGACAGCUCCCCUGCCAGGACAGGGACCACUCCUGAAAAGAAAUCUCCGACCCCGAUCUCCACUCCCUGCCUCAGCAAUUUCAUCUCCAGUAUGUCCACCUAUAAUAAUCCUAUUGGAGGGAGGCAGCCUUCUCUUGGAUUAGUCAGUGACGCUUCCCAGAACAUGAUGGGAUUCAGCUCGUACGCACCUUCCAGUAACAUCCUGAGCCCACCUGGGUCGGAGUGGGCCGAUCCAGGGCCAUCGAAUCGCUAUGGCUACUCUUCCGUGCUGAACCAGUUUAACAACCACUUCUAUAACAGCAUCAAUGCAAACAGUUUGCUGUUCUCCAGAGAAGGGACAGAGGCAUGAAAGGGACACAUGCUGAAUGAAGGAUCAACAGUUAAAAAAUAAAUACUUGUGACAAAAAAUAUUAAUUUGAUGCUAUGUAGCAUAUUUAUGAGAAAACAUUUCAAGGGCAUUGUGUUCCAGUAUCUUGGGGAUAAAAGAAGUUGAAUAAGCAAUUAAAUUAGACCAAGAGUCUUUAAUCUGGGCACAUUGACUUCUUCAGAACAUGGCGUAGAGUUUGAAUCAGGCCCUCCUUAAUUUGCAUGAGUCCCAGAUUGCUGAGUUGACAGUUCUAGUUGCCUUGAUUUGUUGCCGCUUUCCAACCCAGAUCCCCUCUGAGUCCACAAUAUACGAGUGGGUCAGACCAGAAAGGGAGAAAUAAUAACACAAUUUUGCAUGAAUUUCCCAGGUUUGGGAGGUAGAUUUCCCUGGCAUGAAGGGUUUCCCCUGGGUCUUGGGGUAGAAUUUGGAAACCUUCUUCAUUCCACAUGAGGCUGCAUCCAACACUUGGCAACAAGUAGAGGUGACCAUACAGGGUGGGAUUGAAUGCAGAAAACUGCACUUGCCAGGAUACUCCAACUAAGACUCUACCUUCCCGAACUAGCAAAGGAUAAAACAUGGCUUUUGGUUUCUGAUUGCAAUCUAGAAACCACAUGUGUGAGCCUUUGUUUAAGGACUGGGAACAGACUUCACUGUGAUGACCUUCAUGGUUGAUUAACUUGCCAAUAUUCACUCCCCGGGUUUACAAUGAGUAAGAAGGGCGGCGAACACUUGUAAUAACACAAUGCGGGUGAUCAGGGCAGGAGAGAGGAUAACUGGUAAAGAUUGAACAAUACAAGUAAACAUGCAUUUCAAUUCUGAUGGUGUUAAUCUCAGCUCAUUAUUUAAAUGGACUGAUUGUAGAUAGUGUUUUAAGCUUUCUUUAACAUGUUAAGUUUGUGUGAUUGAUAAAUGGCAUUCAGUUGCUAUAGAUAUCUAUUAAUUGUCCACUGUUUUCAACAAACAUCUAAUUGCAGUUUGUAAUUUGUAUUUUUUUUUCUUAUGUCCAAUGUUGUGCUUUGUAAAAUAUUACCUCAGAGGAUAAAGGGAUAUAACUUACAAUAAAACAUUUUAUAAAGGGG